CAGUGAUCACGCGGUGACGCAGUGAAAUACAGUAAUUAGACCUGGCACUUUCUGUGCAUUUAAAAACGGUCUGCUUCUGUGAGAUAAUCCAGUGACAUCAUGGCUGCUGGAGGUUUCCUACCUGUCAGAAAAACCAGAAGUUUUGAAUUCCUGCCACCUGAUAUGAAAAGUCCCAAAUCUGGAACAGUACUGCCUCUUUUAAAUCUGGUUCUGUGUGGGAGAAGUGGAGCAGGGAAGACCUCAGCAGCCAAGGCCAUCUUGGGUCAGACUGAGCUUAGUUCAGCCUCCAAGAUAUCAGAGAUUGUUAAAAACCAGGGAGAGGUCUGCGGACGUUGGGUUUCUGUGGUGGAGCUGCCUGCCUUGUACGGACGAUCAGAGCAGGAAGUGAUGGAGGAAUCACUCAGGUGCGUCUCCCUCUGUGAUCCUGAGGGGGUCCACGCCUUCAUGCUGGUCCUACCUGUGGGUCCCCUCACUGAUGAAGACAAGGGAGAGUUACAGACCAUCCACGACACGUUCAGCCCUGUGGUCAAAGACUUCACCAUGAUUCUGUUCACUGUGGAGUCAGAUCCUACAGAUCCAGAUGUUGGUAACUUUGUAGAGAAGAACAAGGACAUCCAGGAACUCUGUCAGAGCUGUGGAGGAAUAUAUGUUGUUCUCAACAUCAAGGACAGACAGCAGAUCCCAGAGCUGUUGGAGAGGGUGGGAGCGAUAAAACACAGCUAUACAACAGUGAUGUUUGCAAAUACCCAAACAGAGAGAGUCAUUCAACUCCAGAAAGAGGUAGAAGAGUUUAAGAAGGAAAAGAUUGCUCGCGAGGAGAAAAACAUUCCAGAGUGUCUCAGGAUUGUCCUGAUCGGUAAAACUGGGAGUGGGAAGAGUUCCUCUGGAAACACCAUUUUGGGAAGAAAGGCGUUCACUUUUGGAUCUUGUCAAAAAUCAGUAACUAAAUGCUGUCAAAAAGAACAGGGUAUGGUUGAUGGUCGCCCUGUUGUUGUCGUUGACACUCCUGGUUUAUUUGGCAACAGUCUGUCCCAUAAAGAGGUAAACCAAGAGCUGGUGAAAUGCAUCAGUCUUCUGGCGCCAGGUCCACACGUCUUCCUGGUGGUGAUUCCAAUUGGCAGAUUUACAGAAGAGGAGAAGGAGACAUUAAAACACAUCAAGGAGGUUUUUGGAAAAAAAUCAGAAAACUUUUCCAUCAUUCUUUUUACUAGAGGAGAUGAUCUGGAGUAUGAGGAGAAGUCACUCCAAGAGUAUGUUGAAAAGGAUUGUGAGGAACCGUGUAAGCAGCUGAUCAGAGACUGUGGAGGGAGAUACCAUGUGUUCAAUAAUCGGGCUAAAUGGAAUCAAUUACAAGUCAGAGAGCUGAUCAGAAAGAUCAACACCAUGGUGAAGGAAAACGAAGGCAGCUUCUACACCAACGAGGAGCUACAGGAAAACAAAUAAAAUGAAGAGAAUCUUGAAGGAAAAGCAGGAAAAUGUGAAACACACUAAAGGAGGAGCUUGAAAGAAAACAAAGAAGAAAAAGAAACAAUGAGAAUAACAAUGAGAGAGCAGAGAGCAGAAAAAAGGAAAAUGCAGCAAAUAACAAGAUGUGGAGAAGAAAGAGAAGGAUAAACUGUAGAUAAAAAGGUCACACUGGAAUCAGACCUGUAACACAAGCAGGUCUGCACAUACCUACUCUUUUGUACUUUGCCCACUAAAUGUUCAAGCACUUACCCAGAUCCGUGAUGUCACUUAGUGAACAAAACUCUAUACCUAAACCACCCCUUUUCUUUUUUUUCAGUUGUUUUCAGCAAAUACAUGCUUUAAAGUUAUUUAAUGUUUAAUCAAACAAACCUUGGUCUGUCAGGUAUAGUCCUGUGAAUAUUAGCCCUAUUUAACUGAGAUAAUACAACAAAAAAAGCGUUAUAUUUAAAGUUUUACAGCCAUGUUCUUUCUAUGCUUAUAGAAAAUACCAAAAUCCAGUUUAUUAUGAUAAAAUAGGUUAAUUACACCAAG